AUGGCUAGCAGCAAAGCAGCAGCUGAGGGGGGCCCCCAGUGCCCUGCUGCUGGGGGGCCCCCCUGCUGCGCUGCUGCUGCUGCUGCUGCUGCUGCGGCGUCCCCUGCUGCUGCUUCUGUGGGGCCCCGCGCUGUCUGCAGCAAAUUUUUCUUCGGGCUUGCUGCUGCUGCUUGUGUGCUGCUGCUGUACGUCACUGACGGCAGCAGCAGCAGCAGCAGCAGCGGAGCCCGCUGUGCAGAACUCUGCGAGCAGCAGCAGCAGCAGCCUCUGCUGCAGCAGCAGGAGCAGCAACAAUAUGUGUGCAGCUUCUCACUGCCCCCGUUUGCUGCUGCUGCUGCUGCUGCGCUUCUUGCUGCUCUCUACGCCCCUGCUGCCUAUGCACUCCAGUGCUGCUGGAUCCUCUGGCAGCUGCUGCGGCCUCACACCCGCAGCAGCAGCAGCAGCAGCAGCAGCAACGACAGCAGCAGCAAUGACAGCAGCGGCAAAAGCUGCUGCAGCUGCAGCGGCACAAACAGCAGCAGCAGCAGCAGCAGCAGCUGCUGCUGCUGCCGCUGUCACCGCCGCCCCUCCGGCAGUAAACACACUAAAGAGAAACCUCCCAGAGAUAGCAGCAGCAGCAGCAGCAGCAGCAGCAGCUUCCGGCUGCUGCUGCUGCAGCUGCUGGGGCGUCUAGUAGAGGAGGACUCCCACGAGCCUCAUGUUUUGCUGCUGCGGUUUUCUUCUCUUUGCUGCUUCUGUGCUGCUGCUGUUGGUUUGGUGUAUUUGUGGCUGCCUCCCCUGAGCUGCUACCCAGCAGCAGCAGCAGCAGCAGCAACAACAGCAGCAGCAACAACAGCAGCAGCAGAAGGGGUUUUCGUGAAGGCAGCAGGAGCGGCACCAGAGUCCGUGGACGCAGCAGCAGCAGCAGCAAAGUUUCGGGGUCUCCUGCUGCUGCUGGGCCUUCCCGUGUCGCUGCAGGCUGCUGCUGCUGCUGCUGCUGCUGCUGCAGUGCAGUGCGUCAGGUUCCUGCUGCUGCUCUACGGUGUCUCCUUUUGUGCCACUUUCGGCUCAUUUUGCUGCGCGGAGACUCUGAAGGCAGCAGCAGCAGCAGCAGCAGAAGCAGCAGCAGCAGCAGCAGCAGCGGCAGCAGCUGCUGCUGCUGCAGCUUGGCGUUGCUGCUGCGCCCUUUUCGGGGCAGCUGCUGCUGCCCCGGCUUUAGUAGCAGCAACGGCAGAAGCAGCAGCAGCAGCUGCUGCAGAUAAUGGCCCAGCACCAGCAGCAGCAGCAGCAGCAGCAGCAGCAGCACCAGCAGCAGCAGCAGCAGCAAAAAGAAGAAUUAAGGCGGGAGAAAUGCUGAAGUGUCUCUUGCUGGCUCCUUUGCUGGAGGAGUUCAUAUUUAGGGGGCUGCUGCUGCUGCUGCUUGCUGCUGCUGACUGCAGCAGCAGCUCUGCAGUUCUUGCUGCUGCUGUUUUAUUUUCUCUUCCGCACAGCCACCCAGGCAUACUUAAAGCAGCAGCAGCAAUGCUAGCAACAGCAGCAGCAACGCCAGCAGCAGCUAAACGUGCUGCUGCUGCUGCUGCUGCUGCUACUUCCUCGGUCUCAUCGGCGAAACCGCUGCCGCAGCAGCAGCAACAACGAUCUAAGCAGCAGCAGCAGCAGCAGCAGCAAAGAAAGUGUUGUGGGGAGGGCAGCAGCAGCAGAGGCGCGCGCGAGGCAGCAGCAGCAGAGUCGCUGCUGCUGCUGCUGGCAGCACAGGAGUGGCCCGUACAGGCAGCAGCAGCCAGCGGCCGCGCGCCGAAGCAGCAGCAGCAGCAGCUGCUGCAGCAGCAGCUGCUGCUGCUGCUGCAGCGGCACCUCCUGCAGCUGCUGUACACCUUCGCCUUUGGCCUCGUUGCGGUGUACAUACACCUGAGGAGCCGUUCCCUGCUGCCGCUGCUGCUGCAGCAGCAGCAGCAGCAGCAGCAGCAGCAGCAGCAGCAGCUUGUGGUAUGCGCCCCAAAUCUAUUUCUAACUUUGGGUCUCCACGCAGUUUGCAAUUGGGGUGGAGUCCCCCCAGGGGCCCUCCUAAGGACCCCCCGGGGGCCCCCCGGGGGGCCCCCCGAGGGGCCCCCCGGGGGGCCCCCCGAGGGGCCCCCCGGGGGGGCCCCCGAGGGGCCCCCCGAGGGGGCCCCCAAGGGGGCCCCCGGGGGCCCCCCGCACCCGCUGUACCCCUGGAGGCACUUUUUGCAUGCAGCGCAGCUGUUGGGGCUUUAUUUAGCACUGCAAGAGGUCCUUUGGAUGUGA